CAAACAGUAUCGUGCUCACACACUGCAUCCUUGUGCAACCGUCCAAACAGAACGAGAGAACGAAAACCCGGCAGAAGASAAAGGAUCGCACCGUACCUCUCGGAUUGGGGUGUGACCGACAGCGUCCAUAGCAUAGCGCGGGUGCAACACAACAAUUCAAUCCGCAUUCAAGGUGUUCACGCAGCUGGAUCGACGCAGGAACUGCAGGAACAAGAACCGGACCAGCCACAUCCCAUUCGAGAAACAUGUGUCUGUGAUGUUAACCCAUUCUCGCACGAAAAUACCAUACUCGUUCGACAAGCCACGAACCUUUGAUAUGGCGAAAGGAAGGAACUACGUCAUUGGACUCGACUAGAACAGAAUAGACUCGAAUUCGUUGGACCGGACCGCACCGCACCGGACCGCACCGGAGUAGACGACGCGAUGGAAAAGGCGAAAUUCGCCUUCCUGGGCGGCCAGAACGCGGGAAAGACGUCGAUCCUCCGCCGCUAUUUCCAGGGGACCUUUUACGGAGACUGCCGGAUGCCGACCAUCGGUGCCGAUGUGUAUUCC